AUGAAUGAUAAGCAUGGAGAGCUAUUUGCGGGGAAACUUGCAAGUAUAGUUUGGGGGGAGGAGUACCCACCUUUCUAUGGCAAUAGUGGGGGGGUGUCGACCCAACCUUAUGAGUAUUCGAACUAUAACAAUUCCGAUGAACAGUCACCAACUUUUGACAAUUAUAUGAUUCCAGAAGAGGAUCUAGAACUGGGUCAAUCGCGUUUAUUGGAAGUGGACAAUCGAGUGGUUGUACCAGCCAAGACUCAUCCACGUCUGAUUAUAACAUCUGUUGAUGCACUUCAUAGUCAAGCGGUCCCUUCUCUCGGAAUCAAAUGCGAUGCUAUACUCGGUCGUUUGAAUUAG